AGAAAUCAAGAAACUCUCUCUCUCUAAAAGAACAGCUUACCAUGUCAACAACUCACACACAAAAAAAACCAGACGAGACUGCACGUAAUUGAAGGUCUUCUUCUUUAGCUUGUUCCUUUCUUUCUAUCAUCAAUCCGCCAUGGCUGCAAAAGCUCCGCCUUGGCCACUUCUCAUAUCUCUCUUCGCCUUUCUUUCUUUCAUACCCAUCUCCUCCCUUUCCCAAUCAUCUUCUUUCCCUCAAAAUAUCCAGACUUUUUACCCCGUCAUCCCGCCGCCGCCGCACCCUCCACAGACAAAACACAUUCCCCCACGGCAACAGGUGAAUAGUCAUUCUCCAUCUCCGACGUUCAGAAAAGUUGUCAAAGCCGUUGUGGCAACAGCCACAGGCACAGUUUUUGUUUCAGCUCUGUUUUUCUUUGUCCUGAUAAAAUACACCAAUAACAAGAAACAGAAGCUUUCGAAGCCUAAUGCCGAUCCAUACCCGGAUCUCCGGCGAGAGCCAAGGGAAGAUUUUGUUAGACCCAGUGGAGUGCUUGUGGAUGAGGAUAUGCAUAAGCAGCAUAACUGGAAGAGAUUCAAAGUGGGGAAGAUUAGAAGUACAUUUUACAUGUGCAAUAACUUUGUUAAGGAUGAUGAAAAACGUCGAGACAGGAAGAAUAGUUUUCUGACGGUGCAGGAAAGACCUCUACUUAGUGAGGGAGAGACAGUUGCAUCGCCGGCCCCGGAGCCGGCGGUGGAGAAGAUGAUAGAGUUGCCGACUUUACCUCUACCCCCGUCAGCUCCUCCGCCUCCUCCGGCACCACCGAAAAUCCCCACUCCACCGCCUCCGAUUCCCAAGAAAGGCCCUGCCGAUCUUCCCAAGCCACUCCCGGUGGCGCAGUCUUGGUCAGGAACAGAGAAUGGGCAGGUUAAGAUGAAACCCUUACACUGGGAUAAGGUGAAUCCACACAAUGUAGAUCAUUCAAUGGUUUGGCAUGGAAUAGAGAAAGGCUCCUUCAAGGUCAAUCACGAUCAAAUGGAAGCUCUGUUUGGCGAUCGGAAAUCACCCAAACAAUAUUCUUCUUCUCAAGCCAUUGAAAAAUCAAACCAAUCUUCUCAGAUAUUCAUUCUUGAUCCCAGAAAGUCUCAAAACAUCGCAAUUGUUGUCCGAUCAUUAGCCAUUUCCCGGGGAGAAAUCUCUGAUUCUCUCGUGGACGGUCAUGGCCUAAACGUUGAAACUCUAGAAAGGCUUACAAGAAUCGCGCCAACCCAGGAAGAAGAAACUUCCAUUCUUGAAUUUAACGGAGAUCUAGAAAAGCUUGCAGAUGCCGAAUCAUUCCUCCACCAUCUUCUCAAAUCGGUCCCAACCGCUUUCCCCAGGCUCAACGCCAUGCUAUUCAGAUCUAAUUACGAACCAGAAACUCUCUAUUUGAAAGAAUCUUUGCAAACACUUGAGCAGGCCUGUAACGAUCUGAAAACUCGCCGGAUUUUCCUGAAACUUCUAGAAGCAAUCCUCAAGGCCGGAAACAGGAUGAACGCCGGAACGACAAGGGGAAAUGCUCAAGCUUUCAAUCUCACAGCUCUUAGAAAGCUUUCCGAUGUUAAGAGCAGUGACGGGAAAACAACCCUUCUUCAUUUCAUCGUGGAAGAAGUCGUACGUGCAGAAGGUAAACGUUGCCUUGUAAACAGAUCCAAAAGCUUGAACAGAACUAGCAGCAAUAACGUCGACAGUUCAAUAUCUGAUCAAGACAAAGAGAGGGAAUACAUAAUCAUGGGUCUUCCUGUUGUUGGAGGCCUUAGUGCUGAAUUGGGAAGCGUUAAGAAAGCUGCAAAAAUGGAGUUCGACGGAUUAGCAAAAACCUGUCCAGCUCUCAAAGCUAGGCUUAGUGAGAUUCGUCAGAUCGUAAGGAAAAACGAGAAUAACGAUGGAUUUACAAACGAGAUGAGGAGUUUUCUUGAAUCAGCUGAGGAAGAACUGAGAGGACUGGAGAAGGAACAAGAGAAAGUAAUGGAGAUUGUGAAGAAAACGACAGAUUACUAUCAUGGAAAUGAAGGCAACAACAACCCGCUGCAGCUGUUUGUCGUUAUUAGAGAUUUUUUGGCCAUGGUUGAUCAAACUUGCAUUGAUAUUACCAGGAAUAUGCAGAAGAGAAGGAGAAGUGGAGUAAAUGAUGCUGGUGAGUCGUCUUCUCUAGCUAGACGGACUGUACAGUUUCCACAGUUGCCUCCAAAUUUCAUGUCAGACAAGUUGAACGACUCCAGUGAUUCAGAGGAAGAGAGCUAGCUUGAUUGUACUUGUACAUAGAAAAUGAAAAAUCUUGAGCUGCACAAACAUAACUCUUUCGAUCUCUCCAUGAUUCUUUUUUCCAAAUUCAAAUGAUAAAUAAAGAUUUGGUUUGUUUUGUU